AUGGCCGGGUGCGCGGACAGCUACCGAGAGCACACAGCGUGGCUAGCGAUCUGGAAAACGCGCAGAGCCAGGCAGAAGGCCCACGCGCUCCCAGGGGAUUGCAAGAGGCGGGCUUCCUUUCGAAAUCAGGAGGUGAAGAAACAAAGAGGCAAUCUGGCUCUUGCAAGUUACUUGGAAACUGACCAAGACUGCAAGCCAUUGGUGGUGGUGAUGACUAGCCUGCGGCGCCUUUGUCAAGUGUUUCCAUACACAAUGCCCUGGAGAAGAAGCCAGAUUCCCAGGCCUGUGCCCAGGCGGCCCUGCAGCCUAUAUACCUGCACUUACAAAACCCGGAACCGAACCUUACAUCCUCUCUGGGAGAGUGUGGACCUGGUUCCUGGGGGUGAUCGGCAGUCCCCCAUCAAUAUCCGGUGGAGGGACAGUGUUUAUGAUCCUUGUCUAAAACCUCUCACCAUCUCUUAUGAUCCAACUACCUGCCUUCACGUCUGGAAUAACGGCUACUCUUUCCUCGUGGAAUUUGAAGAUUCUACAGACCAAUCAGUGAUCAGUGGAGGACCCCUGGAACACAACUACCGCUUGAAGCAGUUCCAUUUUCACUGGGGAGCCAUCGACACCUGGGGCUCUGAGCACACGGUGGACAGCAAAUGCUACCCAGCCGAGCUGCACUUGGUUCAUUGGAAUGCUGUCAAAUUUGAAAGCUUUGAAGAUGCUGCACUGGAGGAAAAUGGUUUGGCUGUGAUAGGAAUAUUUUUAAAGCUAGGCAGACACCACAAAGGGAUGCAGAAAUUGGUGGAUACCUUGCCAUCGAUUAAGCAUAAGGACACCCUGGUGGAAUUUGGGUCUUUCGACCCUUCCUGCCUGAUGCCCACCUGCCCGGAUUACUGGACCUACUCGGGGUCUCUGACCACGCCACCACUCUCCGAAUCCGUCACCUGGAUCAUUAAGAAGAAACCAAUAGAGGUUGAUCAGGGUCAGCUCGAGCAAUUUCGGACCCUGCUUUUCACAUCAGAGGGGGAGAAAGAGAAAAGAAUGGUUGACAACUUCCGUCCCCUUCAGCCCUUGAUGAAUCGUACUGUCCGCUCGUCCUUCCGACAUGAUUAUGUGCUGAAUAUACAGGCAAAACCCAAGCAGCAGACCAGCCAAUCUGCCCCCUAAGACAUUCACAUCAAGGCAGUAUUUUCUCUUAAUACACAUUUAGCUUUAACAAAUUGGUAAUGAGAUUAUUUGAGAUGGCUGCACUUUACUAAUA